UAUUCUUUAACUUCUUUUGAGUAGUAUAUAUAGAAAGUGGUUAUUAAUCUUUGAUCCAGGUGUAUAUAUUUCAUUUAUCAUUUUUUAUCAAAGUAUCGGUGCAUUAUGUUUUUUGUGUCAUCAUAUAUCACACACUCGGCUAUUAGACAUGUAAGUGUUAUUAAGCCUUAGUGAAGUCUGCACUUGGUAUAGAGUGGUUUGUCAUAUGAGUAGUGCUUGGGAGGUACAUUCCGUCGUCGUUCAGAGCUUCACACGAAUCAAUAUUUACGUUUCAAUAUAGAACUGGUCAGCCUGACAUUAUGCACACGACACAUAUGUUUGAUGUGUAUAUAACACACUUUGUAAGUGAGCCUGCGUUGUCCUGCAGCGGAGAGGAGAACUGUAUAGGAUUACAGUAUCAAUCAGAAUCAUACUAACAUUGGCAUGGGCAAAACCAAAAGAGGUCGAGGUAGUAAAGGACGUGGUGGUCGAGUUGGAGGUGGAGGUAGGCGUGGAGGUGGAGGUGGAAUUGGACGUGGACGUGGACGUGGACGUGGACGUGGACAAAGUGAUGAAAGCGUAUGGCGGGGACAUGGACGUGCGCGAGGACACAAGAACACUAAGGCUUAUGGCAAAUUGAAUAAUAAGAACAAGUCACAAGUCCAAUAUCGACCAAACGAUAAUAACUGGCCGGAAGGUGAAGGAGAGUGUACAUCUAGGAAGAGGCACCUAGUUGUCGAAGGCUCUUUGAGUAGCUCCUAUGACGACAACAAGGCUUCAAACAUCGACCUGAAGGACGUACCAAAGGCAGUUUCAAGGUCAGCUGGUGUCUUAGGAAACGAGAAAAUUAAGAAAAGGAAAAUAAAUGACAUGAAGGAUGUGGAAUAUGGAAAUGACAGAGCAAGCCCUGAGAAUAAUGACGACAUUGCAAGUAAAAUUCUUCAAACAUUAUGCCAAAAAUACAAAGGACGUACUCAAUUGGGGUAUCUUAGGGAACGGCUUCAACUUGAUGGGAUCAGAAAGUUUGACACAUCUGAGAGUUUGUAUUCGUUCUUGAAAAAUUAUGACGUCUUUGAGGUGAAAGAGGAACCCAACAGAGAUGCCAUCACAAACAAAGAUGAAGUUGCAAAGGACAUCCCAGAAGAUAGACGGGAUGUUAUUGUACAGCUAAGCAUUCAACUGUGUCUUGCACAUUCCAAAACAUCAGGAUCCUGCAAACGUGAUUGCAUGGGUCUUCACAUCUGCAGGAAUUUCGUUUUAAGGGAAUGCGACAGAGGCAGCAAAUGUCUCUUUAGACACGACCUGAAAACAGAACAUAACAAAGUAGUUAUGAGGAGGUCCUUGCUUCAUUGUUUUGACCAAGAGUCUGCACUUCAUCAAAUACGUGACCUGAGGUAUAGGAAUGACACAACUCUACCAGUAAUAUGCAAAUACUACAACAGGAUUGGUUUACGUAGAUGCAGGUAUCAAGAGGGCCAUGGCCAGUUCCUUCACGGAUGUGAAAAGUACAUCAAAGGCACAUGUAAAGCAGGAUUCAGUUGUAAUUUGACUCAUGAUUUGGAAGACGAAAACCCAAAACGCAUCCUGUCAUCUUAUGGGAUGGCAGAAGAAACUACAGAAGACAUUGUUAAGGCUCUCCGAAACAUAGCAACCAACGCGAACCAGUCACGAACACAAAAGGCCUCUGGUGAUACUGAGAACAACGGAGACACCAAGUCCAGCACAGAGACAAAUAGAGACGAGUUAGGGCAUCAUGGGAAUCAGGGACAGACAAAUAAAGAAGAUAUAGUGGAACAGGAAGAGUGUCGUACCUCCUCAGCACCAGCGAAUUGGGUUUGGUCUUGGAUGAAGACUGGCGAAGAGUGGACAGAUGUUGCUGACAGUUGCGCUUUGGAAACAAAAUUCAGAGAAUAUAUUAAAGAGAGUGAGAAUGACUUAGACGGCGAAGCAUCACUCAGUUUCAAGAGAGUCAAGAAAUCAACGCUUGUCUCUACCUAGGGCGCAACUGGCAGCAGAGAUCUCACUGAUGCUGAUUAAAUAUCACGAUAUGUCAGCAUGAUGUGGAAGGAAAGCCUGACGUUGACCACUUUGGUGAAGCCCAGGGCAAAGGAGCUAACAACUAAGAAU